AAAACAACAAACAAUUUGACAACUCUUUCCAUUUCAUUUCAGCCGUUACACAAACACAUUGGAGACAGUGCUCUUUGCCUCUAUCCAACCAAUCAACUCAUCCGAAACCCUAAUUCUCAUUAUCAGAUCGUCUUUUAACUUUACGAAUUCUUUUGUCUUAACCUUUAAUUUAUCAAGUUUAAUCUCAUCCAUAUCUGAUUUCCGUUUUUUUUUCUCCUUCUGCUGAAGAGGUUCACAGUUUACAGGUGUGUUUGUUGUGUAGAGUGUUCGAUAAUGGUGGGAAGCGGUAACAGGAAAGACGAAUCGUUGGUUAUUAACAGCAAUAAUGUGUUUGCGGCGUUGGGAAACUUGAAGAAGAAGAAGAAGUCAAGUAAAGAACAAGGUUCAUCCAAGAGCAAAGCCAAACCCGCCGAGAAGGAGAAAGAGAAGGAGGUUUUCUGGGCCCCAACGCGGCUCACUGCUAAGUCAUGGGCUGACGUCGAUGAUGAGGAUGACGACGAUUAUUAUGCAACAACCGCGCUGCCCCAAUCGGUUUGGGGUACUGUGGACUCAAACCCCCAGAAGGAGUUACAGGAGCCUCCUGUUGAGGAAAGUGAAAGUGAAAGUGAGGAAGAAGGUCUUGAUGAGGUUGAUGACGAUGUUGAAGAAGAACAUGAACAUGAAACUGAGACAGCAGUAGAAGUGGAGCCAAUAGUUAUGAAGCCUCCUGAAAUUCCUUUGGCACCUAAAGAUCCAGAAAGGCAACUUUCAAAGAAGGAAUUGAAGAAAAAGGAUCUUGAAGAACUCGAUGCUCUUCUUGCUGAGAUGGGAUUGAAAAAGGAAACCAGUGGCCAAGAUGGAUCUCAUGGUGUUGCACAAGAGAAGAAAGGUGAGGAUAAUGAAGAUUUUGAAAAGAAGGAUGAUGGCCCUGCAGAGAGCAAAACUGCCAAAAAGAAGAAGAAGAAGGAUAAAUCUGUAAAGGAAGCAAAAGAUUUGUCUGAGAACCAGCCUGAUGGUGCUAACGCUGGUGGUGGGACAGAUGAAACUGCUGGGACAAAGAAGGCAGAGGAUACAUCUAUUGAUGUGAAAGAGCGGCUGAAGAAAGUAGCUUCUAUGAAAAAGAAAAAGUCUAGUAAAGAGAUGGAUGCUGCUGCCCGAGCUGCUGCUGGUGAAGCUGCUGCAAGGAGUGCAAAGCUUGCUGCUGCAAAAAAGAAAGAGAAGAAUCACUAUAAUCAGCAGCCAGUGCGGUAGGCUGGCAGGAUACUCAGUUAUUGUAGUUUUCUUUUUGACUUCUUACAUAUGAACAUGAACUUUCUUUUGUUCAUUUUAUCAUAUGCAAAAUAAACAACAGAGUCUGGUUUUGUCAAAGUAACUUUCAACAGAAUUUUAGAGAAAGAAAUUGGUUCUUUCAUCCUGA